AGUCAUUGUUUGCAUACACGUCACUUAUUUCCUUGCUGAUUGAGUUUUGAGUGUUUCUGUGCACUUUUAACCAGAAAUAAUGUCUGCUUCUGUGUUUUCUGUCAUAUCGCGUUUUGUGGAAGAAUACAGGAGCAGCACACCAAAUAAACUGAAGGUGAUCGACGCGUACCUGCUGUAUAUUUUGCUGACAGGAGUGUUUCAGUUCCUGUACUGUCUGCUGGUGGGAACGUUUCCCUUUAACAGCUUCUUAUCUGGAUUCAUCGCAUGUGUAGGAUCCUUCAUACUGGCAGUCUGUCUUCGCAUCCAGAUCAACCCUCAGAAUAAAGGCGAUUUCCUGACCGUCUCCCCUGAGAGAGCGUUCGCUGACUUCCUGUUCGCUCACACUGUUCUACAUCUAGUGGUUGUCAAUUUUGUUGGCUGAACGAGACCAUCCACUUACUGCCAUUUACAACAUGAAGACCAGAUUUUGAAGCCUGCAGCUCAAGUACAGAACAACUACAAACACAACUCUCUGUCCAUCUCAAUGUGGGUUUCUCAAUAUGUUAAUAUAUGUUUUGACAGAAUUGUCACAUUCCUUAAUUUUCUACUCUUGUUAAACUGUUUCUGAAAGUCCCUGAAACAGAAUAAAUGCCUUACAAAU